AUGGACUUCGUGGUGCCGCUGCUUCCUUCGAGUGGGCCUGCCGUGCAUGCCUGUUUGUGCCGGACUGCAUCAGGCUCUUGCUUGGGAGCAGUCCCCUAUGAGCAUGCCAGCAAGAAGUUCUUGCUACUAGCCGUGGGACUGGCUGGAGCCUGCAAGCUGCGGCCUCGGAAAUUGCGCCCGCUGCGUCCUGGCACCACGAGAGUGCAGCGACGCUUCUUUGACUUUGGGGGGGAGAAGAGCGCCAAUGAUAAUGUCGUCGGCCUGAUUUUCGAUGAGCGGAUGGCGCAGCAUCGAAACCUCGAGGACCCAUCACAUCCAGAGCAGCCAGCUCGUAUCCUCAAGGUCUUCGAAUACUUGGAGCGGGAGGGGCUGACGCAGCGGUGUGUCCGACUGGAUGCAAGGAAGGCAGCCAGAGAGGAGCUGGAGCUUAAGCACACCCCUGAGCAUGUGGAUGCAAUGUUCCAGAUAGCGGACAUGUCAGAGAAGGAGACGGUUGAGCUCAGUCAGAAGUACGACAGCAUCUUCUUGUGCCCAGACUCUCUGGAAGCCGCCAUGCUUGCAGCCGGCAGCGUGCUCAGUGCCACAGAGGAGGUCUGCGCUGGGAAAGUGCAAAGCGCUGUCUGCGUGGUGCGACCACCAGGCCACCAUGCAGAGAGCGAUGCUGCACGUGGUUUCUGCCUCUUUGGCAAUGUAGGGCUGGCUGCUGCCAUGGCAAGACAACGAGGAUUGUCGUCCAAGACGCUCAUCGUAGACUUCGAUGUCCACCAUGGGAAUGGCACCCACAAGAUGUUCGAGGAAGACGAGUCCGUUCUCUUCUGCUCCGUGCACCGGUAUGAUCGUGGCAAGUACUACCCAACGGGGCCUCUCGGCAACUUCACCAGCCACGGGGUAGGCGAAGGCGAGGGCUAUACCGUGAACGUCCCUUGGGAGGUGGAGAAGAGUAAGACACCGCCCGGGGAUGCUGAGUUCCUCUACGCCUUUGACCGCCUCUUCCUGCCGAUCGCAGAAGCCUUCUCACCCGACUUGGUCCUCAUCUCCGCCGGCUUUGAUGCCGCUCCCGGAGAUCCCCUUGGUGGAUGCAUUGUGACACCCAGCGGGUUCUACGAGAUAACCAAGAGGCUCAUGGGACUUGCCGACGGCAGAGUGGUCUUGGCCCAGGAGGGCGGCUACAAUGUGGAGAGCAACAGCGAGUCCAUGGCGGCAUGCACCCGUGCCCUUCUCGGAGAAGAGCCGCCUCAAAAGUCGCAACUCCCAGGCUUCAACGUUGGUUCGGACGACAGAAAUUUGCAGCCGGCCGCCAUGAGUCACGUUGCGACCGUGGAAGCUGCUCGGAAGCACUAUGCGCAGUUCUGGCAAUGCCUUCGCCCGCAAGUUGCGUACAGCCUCCUGGCUGUUUCGCCUGAUCGCCAUCUAGAGUACAUCCGUUGCAUGACUGGCAGCGAGCCACUCGCCAACGGCAUUCUUGGCUUCAUCGCGGCUUUCGUGCAUCCACAGCAGGCUUUGUACCAGGUCAUGGAGCUGCUUGAAGGUCCAGACCUCUUCGACUUCUUAGCACAGAGGUCUUCCAAGCUUGAAGAGAGAAUAGCUGCGGGGCUGGUCAAGCAAAUGGUCAAGGCUGUGCAUUUUUUACACCGAACCGUCGGCGCGCUCCACAGGGAUAUCAAGCCGGAAAACUUCGGCUUCAUCAAGCCUCCCAUUGCUGGACAGCCGCUGCCAGAGCUGAAGCUUUUCGACCUGGGGCUUGCCUGGGUCAUGAAGGCACCUGUCACCGACGAGACGGCGAAAAACCUCUUGAGAAUAAAGCGCUGUGGCACCGCGUGUUAUAUGGCACCGGAAGUCUGGGACGGAAACACGGGGCCGCCGUCUGAUGUAUGGGGCGUUGGGGUGGUGUCCUACAUUGCCACCAGUCUCGAGGUGCCGUUCAAGCUCAUGGAGGCCAAGCAACCAAAGGUUGCAAUCCGCACGAACCCGCUGUCCUUCGAGUCCCACGCCUGGCAUAGCACCUCGGAUGUUGCCAAGCAGUUCCUGGAGGGCCUGCUGGACAAGAGCCCAAGCACACGAUUGACAACAGCCGAUGCUUUGGCCCACGAUUGGAUGCAGGACACCAGAAUGGGCUUGCCGCCAAUCGCGGAAGGCAGAAGUGAUGAAGAUGGAGCUGGUGGACAAGGUGGGAAGACUUUCCCGAAAGCGCUGCCAUCACUUCCGCCGAAGUCUAAGCGGAGUGAAGCGGGCUUUUUCGAGUCCAUGACAUAUGCCCCAUCGAUGUAUUUUGGCGAUGCGGAUGCUUCCUCGGAUUCCUGA